UCCGGUUUGGGUUCCCCUCUAGAUUUUCUUUCUUUUUACGACCGGGUACGCGUAGUGCACUUGGUUAGUGGAUUUUUUACCAUCUAAUUGGUGGAAAAAGCCACAUUAUGUCGAAAUCAACUGCUCGAGCUAUUGUCACUGUUUACAGUGACAAAAAUGAACCAACAAAAGAUGUUCUUCCAAUUCCUGCUGUUUUCAAAGCACCCAUUCGUGUUGAUUUGGUAAACGAUGUUCACCAGCAAAUGGCUAAGAACAAACGUCAACCUUAUGCUGUUUCUAAAGAAGCCGGUCAUCAAACAUCUGCUGAAUCCUGGGGUACAGGACGUGCCGUAGCACGUAUUCCUCGUGUACGUGGUGGUGGUACUCACCGUUCUGGUCAGGGAGCUUUUGGUAACAUGUGUCGCGGAGGACGUAUGUUUGCACCAACUAAAACUUACCGCCGUUGGCACAGACAUAUCAACGUCAACCAAAGACGUUAUGCUUUAGUCUCAGCCAUCGCUGCAUCAGGUGUCCCUGCUUUAGUUAUGUCAAAAGGACAUAUGAUCGGAGAAGUUCCAGAGUUUCCUUUGGUUGUGUCGGAAAAAAUUGAAGAGUACAGCAAGACGAAACAAGCUGUAGUUUUUUUGCGUCGCAUCAAAGCAUGGAAUGAUGUCCAAAAAGUUUACAAAUCGCAACGUUUCCGUGCUGGUAAAGGUAAGAUGCGUAACCGUCGUCGCAUCCAACGUCGUGGACCAUUGAUUGUUUAUGGACAAGAUAAGGGUAUCCGUAAAGCCUUCCGCAACAUUCCCGGAGUCGAUUUGAUGAAUGUCAACAAGAUGAAUCUGUUGAAACUUGCACCAGGUGGUCACGUAGGUCGUUUUGUCAUCUGGACAAAGUCAGCAUUUGAAAAAUUAGACGCUUUGUACGGUACAUGGCGUAAAGAGUCUAAACUCAAGAAGGGUUACAACUUACCAUCACCUAAAAUGGCUAAUACUGAUUUAUCUCGUAUUCUCAAAUCUGAAGAAAUCCGUAAAGUUUUACGUGCUCCCAGAAAGAAGGUUAUUCGUCGUGUGAAAAAAUUGAACCCAUUGAAGAACACGCGUGCGAUGUUGAAAUUGAACCCAUACGCAGCGGUUACUAAGAGAGUUGCAAUUUUAACUGCUGGACAACGUCUCCUUGCUCGUGAAGCUGUUCUCGCUGAGAAAAGUGGUGUUAAAUUGACGAAAGAAUCUCCAGUAAUUAAGACCAAAAGUUUGUUGGAACGUCGUAAGAAGCAGAUUCUUGCUGCGAAAGCGGCCAAGCCAAAAGUAGCUAAAGCACCGAAAAAAACCCAAGCGCCAGCAAAGAAACCUACGGCCACAAAACCUGCGGCAGCAAAAGCUCAAAAAGCACCAGCCAAGAAAUAAUCUGUCACCAACAUACAGAAAUAACAUCUUAAGAACACGAGAGCCAAUGCAAAAUAAAAAAUAUAAAAACUCAGAGUUGUCAAACUUGUAAUUAUUUAAUAUCUUUUUUUUAGAAAAUAAACUAAGAAUUGAUGACUCGA